GCGGCCCCGGCGGCGCCACCCGCCCCGCGGGGCGCUCCGCAUCUCCCAUGCGCGCCCGGCCGCGCUGCCCGGCCCCGCCAGCCUCCGUCCGCCCCGGGGCUGUCUUCACACGUCCCUUGCACUUCCUGAGCCGAGGGGGCCGUCCCGAAGAACUGCCCGCCCCACGGCUGCCUGGGCCGGGCUUGUCCGCGCGUCCGGGGAGGCUGAGGCUUCGGACCCUCGGCUCAGCGAGAGCAGAGCCACGGCGGAAGUCUCCUCAAAGCAACAUGGGCCGCGGGAUAACGCUGCUCCUCUUGCCACUGGCCCUGCUGGCGGCCCCAGUACAGGCCGAGGGCGACGUGGCGGCGGCGGCGGAGGAGGUUAAAAUAGAGGUGCUGCACCUCCCUGAGGACUGCAGCCCCAAGAGCAAGAAGGGAGAUCUGCUGAACGCACACUACGACGGUUUCCUGGCUAGCGACGGAUCCAAGUUUUACUGCAGUCGGACACAAAAUGAAGGUCAUCCAAAAUGGUUCGUUCUGGGUGUUGGACAAGUCAUAAAAGGGUUAGAUAUUGCUAUGAUGAAUAUGUGUCCUGGAGAAAAACGUAAAGUGAUCAUUCCUCCAUCUUUAGCAUAUGGACAGCAAGGAUAUGCACAAGGCAAAAUUCCACCCAAUGCAACACUGAUCUUUGAGAUUGAACUUUAUGCAGUGAAUAAGGGACCUCGCAGCGUUGAAGCGUUUAAUCAAAUUGACAAGGACAGUGACAGGAAACUCUCCCAACUGGAGAUAAGUCAGUACUUGAAAGAAGAAUUUGCAAGAGAUGGCAAAAAACGUCAUCCCUCAGCCCAUGAUGAAAUCUUAGCAGAUAUAUUUAAGAAGAAUGAUCACGAUGGAGAUGGUUUCAUAUCAGCAAAGGAAUACAAUGUCUACCAGCAUGAUGAACUCUAAGUACUUAACAAAUCUUGGGCUGUUUUCUGGACACUGAAUUCUAAAUAAUAACACUUUGUCACUGAUUUUUUUGUACUUUUUUUAAGUUGGCAUCUUUUUAUAUCUCUCAAAGUGACUAUAAAAAUCUUAUUUUUAACAUUCAA